CGUCGACUUCGUUUGGUUUAGCUGUUGCCGGUCAAACGGGUUCGCCAUCGCGAUCUAGCCACCAACCUGGCAAGUCGUGCGCCUCGGAAAUCGUGUCCCUUCGAGUUUCCGGCUAGGUCAUCUUGUCGGGUCUUGUUGCGUUCGACGCUCAUACAGGCACAGGCGCCGCAUCUACAUCUAGCUUCAAAUCCUCGACAUGCGAACGUGAAGCAAAAUCUCGAUUGCAACUAGGUAGCCUAUAGCUGUUAUUCACCUCAAGAAGUCUGCUUCGUUCUAUAACCCUGAAGCCAACAUGUCCAGACUCCCAUUGGCCCUCAGCAUACCCCAAAGUGGAAUUCCGCUGGCCUCUUCGACUGCGGAUCGAAACACACCCUUAGCUAAACUUGCAAACGAAGCCUCGGAAAACGACUAUGAUGCCAUCUGUGUGCCUCUUACCAACGAUCUCUGGCGAGAGCGAUGGGAACGUCUCUGCCUAAGACCCGUCGACGAAGAGGAAGAGCAUGAAGUCUCGUAUCAUGGCAAGGACAAUUCGGCGACUCGACAAUGGCUCGAGAAAGAGCGCAAGAAGCGGGAGACCGAAAAGGAGGCCGAGAUGUGGAGGUCGCAUGGCGGUUUCAAAAGAACGGAACUCAACAUUACUCGACUAGAGGAGGCCGACACUGCAAUUGCUCUAGCGUCGGACUGGCUCGAACUGGACUCUCCCGAUGAAGGCAUUCGCUUCGACUCUGAACUCGCACUCCGUCAAGAGCUAUUGACUUGUCUGCAUCUGCAUGUACGGACGCUGGUCAUUCCUCCACCCUUGCCAGAGAACCGAGAAUUCCUACCUUCUUAUGCGCGUGCGAUAGCCUCGCUAUUGGAACUUGGAGGCGAGGCUAGCGUGACUCGAAUCGCCAUCAGAAUAGGGGUUUCCGAUCGACCCAACCUCGGCUUGCACAACGCAGGGUCUCACAACAGUUACUCCUCACAUCAGCCCAACAACAAUAAUCAAAUUCCUCACGAUGACAAGAAGCACAAACGGAAGAGCUCGAUGGGUAUCGGGAUACGUAUGAGUGGAAGCAGCGCGCUCUUGUCGUCCGUACAGCAAUCGGGUAUGAAUCAAGUAUCAAAUCGACAGAGCAUGAUCGUGGGUACCGGAGACCAAAAUUCGUUCAGCUGGGAGGUCUGGGACUGCGUCAGAAACGUGUGCGAUUACCAUCCCCGCCUCGGCUUAGCUCUGGACAUGUCCAACCCGUUACCGCCAUCACUGACCACCUUGCAAAGGUGGAUUGCGGAGCCGACCGACAUCAUAUUCUUGCCGUCUCAAUCCUUCAUCCCCAACGCCAAGGGCUACCCCGUGCUCAGCAAGGCCUGUCAAGCGUUCAUUCGAAGCUUUGUUCGGCUCUCUCCAUACAUUGUUCUCUCGCACGUCAACGGCAACAAACACCCCUCCGGAGGUGCGCAAGCGUAUAUCCAAUAUGUUCGACAUCUUGAAACCAUAGCAACCACACAGCCCUCGCCCAUCACGGCCCCGCAGACGGCCGCUACCGGGAUCAUGCCGCAUGGUCAUCACUAUCAGCAAUAUAUGGAUUACCUUCAAGCCCCUUUGCAACCGCUCAUGGACGAUCUCAGCAGUGCCACCUACGAAACUUUCGAAGCGGAUCCUGUCAAAUAUCGAUUAUACGAAGAUGCAAUUACUGCGGCUUUGACAGAUCGUCCGGAACAUGCAACCACUGUGAUCUACGUCGUCGGCGCUGGACGAGGGCCGCUUGUUCAGAGGUGCCUGAACGCCUUGAAGCGAGCGUCACGCAACGCGAGAAUUUAUGCCAUCGAAAAGAAUGCCAACGCCUUUGUCACACUACAAGAACGCUCGGCAUUGGAAUGGGGCGACAAGGUCAAGAUCAUGCAUGGCGAUAUGCGAACGUUAGCGGUGCCGGAACCGGCUGACAUCAUGGUCAGCGAGUUGCUGGGCAGUUUCGGUGACAAUGAAUCUAGUCCCGAGUGUCUAGACGGCGCCGUCCGUUAUCUCAAACCCGAGGGCAUCUCUAUUCCCGCUUCUUACACCGCCCAUCUUGCACCACUAUCAUCAAACAAGCUUUUUUCGGCAGUCCGACUGCAAUCGGAAAAACGGAACAAGACGGAAGAGAUAGCAUUCGAGACCCCCUAUGUGGUGAUGUUUCAACAGGUCAACCUGUUGAGCGGUAACCCUGAUCCGAACGCUGCAUUGGCGGGGAGCAAAGCUGGCCCCAGGAUCCAGGAAUGCUGGAGCUUUGAGCAUCCUCGUCGAGACAUGGUCACGGAUGAUGUUGGCCUACCACUUACAAAUUCGCACAAUACUCGCUCUGCCCAUCUGACGUUCCGCAUACCUCAUGCGGGAGCGUGUCAUGGUCUGGCAGGGUAUUUUGAGGCGCACCUGUACGGAAACAUCGGGCUCAGUAUACAUCCGGAGAGAAUGCAUCUCAUCAGCCCAGAGAUGAUGAGUUGGUUCCCGCUCUUCUUCCCCUUCCGGGAGCCUCUAUACAUGCCUUCCGGGGCAGAACUGGACGUCCACAUUUGGCGCUUGACCGACCCUAAAUCGAAGCGGAUCUGGUAUGAAUGGCACGCUGAGUCGUUCCUUCCCAUCACCGGAACCGUCAAUGGUAUGGUCACACCUGGAUUCAACGGGAUGAACGGUACGCCGACCGGCGGCGGCAUGCACGGGAGUAGGGUCGUUUCUGGAGCGAGUUCGAACAUGAGCGUGCCGCUGCACAGUCCCAUGAUGGACGCUCCCGGAAGCCCGAUGCCGGGGAGCGUCUUUGGCAUCCCGUCCAUGCACGGCAGGGACGAGUCGCGUAUCAAGAUUGGACAGACAAGGCUUCACAAUACCGCGGGUAGAAGUAGCUGGGUUGGGUUGUAACAUCACGAUAGAACCGGGAUUCUGGGCAAGCGGGACGAUCGGCCGGACAUGCCCGGCAACGCUAUUGCAAAAAUACCAUAUCAGAGCCGUGCUUGGCUCUAUGCCG